CCAAAACAACAACAACUAACAUGGCGGUGGAAAUCGAGUCGGCCGAUGUUGUACGUCUUAUUGAGCAGUACUUGAAAGAAAACAACCUCCUGAAAACACUGACAGUGCUGCAGGAGGAGAGUGGUAUAUCACUGAACACAGUCGACUCUGUAGAUGGGUUUAUCUCGGACAUCACCAGCGGUCACUGGGACACUGUCCUACAGGCCAUCCAGUCCCUCAAGCUGCCGGACCAGAAACUGAUUGAUCUCUAUGAACAGAUUGUACUGGAGUUGAUAGAGUUACGAGAAUUAGGAGCAGCAAGAUCUCUGUUACGUCAAACAGAUCCCAUGAUUAUGUUGAAACACAAUCAGCCAGAUAGAUAUAUACAUCUGGAGAACAUGUUGGCAAGGUCAUAUUUUGAUCCGAGAGAGGCCUAUCCAGAAGGGCAGACAAAGGAAAAACGACGAACAGCUAUUGCGUUGGCUUUGUCAGGGGAGGUAAAUGUGGUACCACCAUCUCGUUUGUUGGCCUUGCUUGGUCAGGCACUGAAAUGGCAGCAACAUCAAGGUCUCCUGCCACCAGGUACAACAAUUGAUGUGUUCCGAGGCAAGGCUGCAGUGAAGGAGCAGGAAGAAGAAAAGUAUCCUACACAGCUUAACAAAACUAUAAAGUUUGGCCAGAAGGCACACAUAGAGUGUGCUAAAUUUUCGCCUGAUGGUCAGUAUCUGGUCACUGGCUCAGUGGACGGUUUUGUUGAGGUGUGGAACUUUACAACUGGGAAAAUAAGAAAAGAUUUAAGAUACCAGGCACAGGACAACUUCAUGAUGAUGGAUGACGCUGUAUUGUGUAUGUGUUUUAGUAGAGAUUCUGAAAUGUUGGCAACAGGGGACCAAGGGGGCAAAAUAAAGGUGUGGAAGAUACUGACUGGUCAAUGUUUACGAAAGUUUGAGAGAGCUCACAUCAAAGGAGUUACUUGUGUUAAUUUCUCCAAAGAUAAUGGACAACUUCUAAGUGCAUCAUUUGAUCAAACAAUCAGAGUACAUGGAUUAAAGUCAGGGAAAACAUUAAAAGAGUUCACAGGACAUGGAUCAUUUGUGAAUGAUGCCGUGUUCACACAGGAUGGACACCAUGUUAUCAGUGCAAGUUCAGAUGGAACUAUUAAAGUAUGGAAUUUCAAAACACAAGAAUGUCAGUCAACAUUUAAGUCGUUCGGUGGUCAGGCAGGUACAGAUAUCACAGUAAACAGUAUACAUCCUUUACCCAGAAAUGCAGAACAGUUUGUUGUGUGUAACCGUAGUAACACAGUAGUCAUCAUCAACAUGCAAGGACAGAUUGUAAGAAGUUUCUCUAGUGGUAAGAGAGAGGGAGGAGAUUUUAUAUGUUGUACAAUAUCACCUCGUGGAGAGUGGAUCUACUGUGUAGGAGAGGAUAUGGUGUUAUAUUGCUUCAGUAUCUCCACUGGUAAACUAGAGAGAACGCUCACAGUUCAUGAAAAAGAUGUGAUUGGAAUAGCUCAUCACCCACAUCAGAACAUGGUUGCUACAUACAGUGAAGAUGGCUUACUCAAGCUUUGGAAACCUUAAUAGUGUGCCACACAAUUUAUCAGGACUCAUUAUUCAUGUUACCAUUUCUUCAUAAGAAUUUUAAAAAUGUACAUCUACAGCUGACAAAACGUUUUGUUAGUAAAUUGUGUAAAUAUAGUUUCUUUGUAUCACAGUUGGGCUGUCUGUGUUAAUUGAUACAAAAACAUAAAUAUAUGGACAACAUGAUCAAGUAUAUAUAUAUAUAGAUACACUGUUUUGGAUUGUUGGUGCAAUCAAAAAUAGAAAAUGAAGGCAGACAUGGCACAGAUCACUGAAAAAAAUUUACCUUGAAUUUUCAAAUAGAAUAUGCAACUGUAUGUAAUCAAAUCUAUAUGUUACUGUAUUGGAAGCACAGAAUGCAACCAAACAAAGUAAUUGUCUGACUCAAUUUGAUUGAGUUUGCUCAUCAGAAGUAAAGGAAAUUUGAGUGAUUUUUACAGCCAGCACAUAGCACUUACAGACUAUUGUAGUAUUGUUAAUAAAAUUGUCUAUCAUUAUUAUUUAGGUCCACUUUAUUUGUGUUUUAACAGAAUCAUACUUUACAAGCAAGGAGGACUUGUCUAAUUUUGAAAUCAGCAAGGAUAGAUCGUUGAUUUUUGUCAGGAUUUCUACAUAAAGGUUUUAUACAUGUACUAUAUAAUAUGUAUUGUCACUUUCGUCAGUUGAUAAAUUGAUACAAAAUUUUCAGUCAGUGAUAACCUUACAUAUAAAUUUGAUAUUUCUAUCUCUGUACAUUUUACAAAGAUUUCAAUCAGUGAUGUAUUUAAAGAUUUAUGAGUGGUGUUCAUUUCUUUAUGUUUUGUCAUAAAUGGUUGAAACUUCCGUAUACAGGAAAGAGAAUACUUAGUUUAUAUGCCUAAAUCUUUUAAUCUGAACAAGUUAUGAGUAGAUACAAAUUCCCAUGGCAACACCAUAUGAUGUCUUCCAGCCCAAUGUUUCUUUUUUUUCCUAUUUGUAUGUUAAAACAUACCUGAUAAGGGAUUUAUUUUCCAAGCCACGUUCUCCUAAGUUGGGUUAAUAUUCACUGCAAGCAUUACACGAAAAACGUAAAUGUGACUUCAUUAAAAUGUUUUGCAGGCAAUUUGUUGUAGUCCUGUCCUAAAAAUGAGUGUUAAACAGAGAUCAGCAAUAUAAUUUUUUGUGUUUGAAUUUAAAAUAAAAGAAAGAGACAAUUGCUAAGUUAAAAGGGCAAUGCUGUGAAGAAAACAAAAUUUUAUUGGUGGUGUGAAAGGUCUUAACAUGACCUGGAAUUGACGACUUAUGCAUCAGAUGUCAGAAGAUGAUAAAAUCAAAUCGUAUUUAAAGAAUUAAUGAAUUGCUUUAGGAAGAGCACAUACCUGAUCAGUGUUAGCUUGCCUGCUAAACUCACUGGGGAAAUUGCAGCUCUACAGAUCACUGGGGUAUUGAGUUUGAUCCCUGAGCAAGGCUUAUGUUCCCCAUGAUGUUUGAUAGUAGAUAUUGUGUCUGAUAUUAUUGGUCUUCCACCUUAGACUCUGGUACAGAAUCCAGGAACACUGGUUAGGCUAAAUGCCAGCUGUUACAUAACUAAAAUACUGUUGAAAAACUGCACUGAAACCAAAACCAAAAAAAAAAUGCAAGAUCGUUGAAUAGAUCCCUUUUAUUAAUACCAUAGGAAUUUAUUUGUUUAUAGGAAGGUGAAGAAAAUGCAAUUAACCCUUAACCUGCUAAAUUUCUAUAAAGAAGUUUUUGAUCUUUCAAUUUGGACAGUACCAUUAACUGUUAAAAGCAGUGCAAAAAGAUACUGACUGAAUGGUGAACAGUGCAGAUCUUGAUCAGUCUGUACGGAUGUGCUGGCUGAUCAUGAUCUACUGUUGCGGCAAAGGCAGAAACAAUAGUGUCCAUCACAAUAAGGGUUAAUGGUGAGAAUAUGAUAGCUUCACACUUGAUACAUUCUACCAUAUUUUUAAAUUUCAUCAAAAAAGGACAAGGGCCCAGUUUUUCGAAGCUUACUGGCUGUUAAACUAACCUCAGGGUAAAGUUCAAAAUAUUAGUCUUGGUGGGAAACACUGGUAUGAUGUAAAGAAUUCUUAGUAUUCGAAAACCUUAACUUGUACAUUUGUCUUAAGUCUUCUAAAAUGUUGAAAUGUGGCCAUCAAUGUUAAUCUACUGCAUGUUAAAUCACCUGUUAAAAUUUCAAAUAACUGGAUCCAGAAAAUAAUAAAGAUUUCAGAGCACCUUUCCAGGUAUUUUUCUUACGUCCCUCCUAUGUGGUUUUUUGAAGAGCUCUCGGUGUAACAAAUUUGAACUACAUGUAUUGUAAUGUUUGACUUUGUUGAAAACUCAGAAAUGUAAAAGGAUUCAUUUUUAAACACAUUCUCGAUGUUUUUAUGUCACAAGUUUAGAGAUUUUGUAAAAAUGCUUAUCUAUAUACAAGUGUGUAAUACGAGGGCUGUUCAAAAUAACGUAGAUUUUGUCUCUAGCUUUUAAAUACUUUAAUGAAGAAAAACAAAAAUUACACAGUCAUGAUUCGAAAUCUUUUUACUAAGUUCACGGCAAAUUUGACCUGAUUAUGAUCAUACAGUCAUGAGUUAUGCCUCCUCGUGAACAGUCACUUACACUAAUUCGGCGCAGGUUGAUCAUAUUUGAAUGGAUGUUAACAACAUUGAGAUUUCAUCAAGAUGCUUUCAUUCAGCAUGCACUUAUUUGUUGUAUAUUUCUUUUAUUGAUUUUAAUAAACUGUAUCAAAAUCAUAA